UUUCAAGUGUCGUUCUGCUAAUAUUUAAGGAACAGACACUCUCACUUUUAAUGUGGGGAGAUCUCACCUCUGGAAUUGUAUUCGAAUGAGUCUCCUAUUGAAUCACGCUUCUCUUCAGCCCCAAUCUCCUUCUCUUCAUCUCCAUGGGAAUUCGCAAAUCCAUGGAUCUCUCUUUUGGAGGCGUCGAAAACGGAAACUGGAACGAAGCUUCACUCUUCGUAAUCAUGUAAGAUCUUCACUAUCGGCUUCGUUCGAAAACCUGUUUCAGAAUUUGAUUUCUCAGUUCCCCUCGGUAAAUUCCUUGGAUUUGAUCGCUCCAGCUUUGGGUCUUUCAUCCGGUGCUGCGUUGUAUCUCUCUCGUUUUAAUUCCCGUCGGAAUUCUGGAGUUUCUGAUAUUGGAGAGUGGAUUUUAUUCACCAGCCCAACACCGUUCAAUCGAUUUGCAUUGCUCCGGUGCCCUUCGAUACAGUUCGAGGGGAGUGAGCUACUGCAGGAAGUGAAUGAUAAGCUCGUGAAGGAGGACAGGCAUUUCGUGAAGCUGAACAGUGGGAGGAUUCAUGUACGGUAUUCGGAUGAGAGGCAUGGCCGUUUUGAGGAGAAAUUCGUUUAUCAGAGAGUUUGUGUCCGCACAGACGAUGGAGGGGUUAUUUCCUUGGACUGGCCAGCGAAUUUGGAUUUGACGGAGGAGCCUGGAUUGGAUACGACACUGUUGAUUGUACCGGGGACGACGGAAGGGAGCACAGAUAAGAACAUAAGGUCAUUCGUAUGUGAUUCUCUGAAGCAAGGCUGUUUUCCCAUCGUCAUGAAUCCAAGGGGAUGCGCUGGUUCACCUCUGACCACUGCCCGGUUAUUUACAGCAGCUGACAGCGAUGAUAUCUGGACAGCUAUACAGUUUAUCAACAGUGCAAGACCAUGGACAACAUUGAUGGGUGUUGGCUGGGGAUAUGGUGCAAACAUGCUGACAAAAUACCUUGCAGAAGUUGGAGAGAGAACACCUCUUACAGCUGCUGUAUGCAUAGACAAUCCUUUUGACUUGGAGGAAGCAACAAGAUCAUCCCCCUACCAUCUUACCACAGACCAAAAGCUCAAAGGUGGACUGAUUGAUAUUCUGCGGUUUAACAAGGAACUCUUUCAGGGCAGAGCAAAAGGGUUUAACGUGGAAAAGGCUCUGUCAGCCACAUCCGUGCGUGAUUUUGAGAAAGCCAUAUCCAUGGUUUUUUAUGGGUUUGAAGCUAUUGAAGAAUUUUAUGCAAAAUCUAGUACAAGACAACUGGUUGGGAACGUGAAGAUCCCUGUUCUCUUCAUACAGAGUGAUGAUGGGAUGGUACCUGUAUUCUCCAUUCCACGCAGUUCAAUCGCAGAAAACCCAUUCACAAGCCUACUUCUCUGUUCUUGUUUGCCUACUACUACUAGAAGUGAUAUUUCUGCUCUAUCUUGGUGCCAGCAUCUUGCCAUUGAGUGGCUUACAGCAGUGGAACUUGGACUCCUGAAGGGUCGACAUCCUCUUCUGAAAGAUGUAGAUGUUACCAUCAAUCCUUCAAAAGGUUUAGCUCUGCUUGAAACUAAGGCAUCAGAUAAGAGUAGGAACAAAAACAACUUCUUGAAUCCUACCCACUCAGAUGCUUUAAAUGGAUAUUCCGUUGGUCCGAUGAAGAAUGUGAUUGACGAGACUGAUACUGCUCCCAGAGCUCAUUUAAAAUCUGGAAGGGAUUUAGAAAGGAAGUCAAAAAUUCAAGACGAAGGACAACAACAACUUGUAAAUGGUUCUGUUUCUCAGCAGAAUAGUUUAAUCCAUGCUGAAUCAGUCGAAGAGGAGGGGGGUGAUCCAGUGGAUAGUGAACGAGGCCAAGUGCUACAGACAGCAAACGUGGUUAUUAACAUGCUCGAUGUAACUCUGCCUGGUACACUAGCAGAAGAACAGAAGAAGAAGGUCCUGGCAGCUGUGGAACAAGGAGAAACAGUCAUGAAAGCUUUGCAAGGAGCUGUACCAGAAGAUGUUCGUGGAAAGCUUACAGCUGCUGUUUCUGAAAUUGUGCAAACUAAAGGAACAAAUUUAAAUCUUGAUAGACUCAUGAUGAUUGGUAGGACUUCUAGUGUAUCAGAGCCAAAGUCUAAGGCCCAUGAAAAAGCUGGAGGUCCCUUAAGUUCUGAAAAUGGGUCAAGUAGCAGUAUCUCUUCAGAAAUUGUGAAAAGAGUCGACGAACUGACUACUGCUUCAGACAACAAUCAGUCUGGAAUGGAGAAGCCAUCUGGGGGGAUAGAAUUAGACGUUCAGCCUUCAUCAAAAUCUAUUGAUCUAGGUCAAUCUCAACAUUCGAGUGCUCAUGUAGAUGUUCCUAAUUCAGGAAAGAAGGAUACUAAUGACGCAGAGCAGAACCAUGGAAAAGAUGAGUUAUCAAUAGAAAGAUCUGUGCAGUUCUCUGAAUAUGAAGAAACAAGUUCAGAAACAGGUGGUAACGAGAAGACAAGCGGCACUGAGGAAGCUCAGGGAAAGGUGAACCAAGGAAAUGGAGUAGCUCAAUUGGGUGUAAAGGAAGUGAAUGAUAAUAGGACUACUGAAGAUAAAAGCUCAGAUGCUUCAGUUGACCAAAGUAAGCAAAUUCCAACCACAAAAUCUGAAGAAGCCUCAGCAUCUCCCCAACCAGAGCCAAUGGAAGAUAUGGGCAACAAUAACCAGACAACUGAAGAAAAAAACAUGCAGCCUAUGACAGACCAAAAUAAACAAGGGUGUACUAAAUCUGAGGAAACUUCUCCAUCCUUUCAACAAGCUCCUAAUCCUCCCUCUUUAAAUGUUUCACAAGCAUUUGAUGCCUUGACAGGUCUGGAUGAUUCCACCCAAAUGGCUGUCAACAGUGUUUUUGGAGUUAUAGAAGAUAUGAUUACUCAGUUGGAGGAAAAAGACAACAGAAAUGAUGGAAAGGAAGAUAAGAUUGUGGACAGGGUUGGGGAUGAGAAUGAGAAACCUGGUUCUGCAUCUGAGCCUUCCGUCACCAGUGAACACAAAUUGGAAAUUGAAGAAGACAGUAAGAAGGAAAUGAGCUCAGAGUCCAAUCAGUUGCAAUCAUGUGAUAAUCUUGUAGGCAAUUCCUCUGAGAAAUGUGCAGAACCACAUCAAGACACAACAAAUGGAUGGAAUGAGAGGAAACUCACAGAUAACCCUAGUUCACUUUAUAAAAGCUCUACUGGUGGUUUCUGGGGAUAUUGCAAUGGUAAUAAUCUAUAUAAAGAGGACAAAAAGAGGAAAGAAGAUUUGACAAGAUCCAAAUUUUUGGUGGAGAAUCUGGAUAAAUCUAAACCUGUACAUAAGUUUCCACUGUAUGUAACUAUAAAUCCAUACAGAGACUCACUGUACAGCGAAUACCUAAAUAAGUAUCUUCUUUCAAAAAUGUCAAACACCACAUCUCUAGAUUUGGAUACAACUACUGAUUUGUUGCUUGACUACAUUCCAGAAGAAGGACAAUGGAAGCUCUUGGAUCAACCAGGAAACGCUAGAAAUUUGGGUGUUGACCAGAAGGAUCAGGAUAUCCGCUCAACACCAGACGUAUAUGAUAUAGAUAAAAUUAUUGAACCAUCCUAUGUUAUACUAGAAACCGAAAAAGAAAAGCAACAGAUUGAAGAACAUGGGAGAGUAGAAGAUUUUAAUCAGAAAGCUCAAAUUGGUUCUGAUGUAUCUUCUGAGGAGCCGACACAAUUUAUUAAGAGUAUUAUACUGGAUUCUUUAAAAGUUGAAGUUGGUCGGAAGCUAGGUGCAUAUACUGUGAAAGGAAUGGAGUCUGAUCUUGCUCAAGAUUUGGAGCAAGUUGCAAAUGCAGUGAGCCUGGCAAUAGGACAGAGUGAGGAGCUGAUCUGGUCUUUGGCAAGUAAAGACCCUGCUUCCAGGAAGUUUGGCACAAUUAAUGGAGGGCUUAUUAUAAAUACAAUUUCUUCUGCUGUUCAGGAUGCCAAUUAUUUGGGUAAAGUGUUGCCGAUUGGUGUUAUUAUAGGCUCCAGCUUGGCUGCUCUGCGAAAGCACUUCAAUGUAGCUACAAUUGAUCAAGCUGACAGUAUGGGGGAAAACUAUUAUGGUCAAGUUCGUGAGAUGGGGAACUGUCAUAAACCUGUUGAAAAGAAGGAUCAAUUUUCUGAUAUGGAUGGCUUAACAAGCAGAGUUGAAGAGAAAGUUCAGAGAGUUAAUCUAAAGAAUGAUACUAUGAUGGUUGGUGCUGUUACAGCUGCCCUGGGUGCAUCUGCAUUGAUGGUACACCAACAGAGAGUGCCAGAGAAAAGUGAUGAAAUCACUGGAAUUUCUUCCAGGUCCCUCAAUGUAAGAGGAGGUCAUGGGAUGGAACCCGAUAAGCUUCAGGAAGCAAUAUCAGAAAAAAAUCAUAAUAAUAUAGUUACUUCCCUUGCUGAGAAAGCCAUGUCAGUUGCUGGUCCGGUGGUACCGACUAAGAAUGACGGUGAAGUGGAUCAGGAUAGGCUGGUCGCAAUGCUAGCAGACUUGGGGCAAAAGGGUGGAAUGUUGAGGCUUAUUGGUAAAAUUGCUUUGCUUUGGGGGGGUAUUCGUGGUGCUAUGAGUUUGACUGACAGGCUUAUCUCAUUCUUGCGAUUUGCUGAGCGUCCCUUGGUUCAGAGGAUCCUUGGGUUUGUCUGCAUGGUGCUUGUUCUAUGGUCACCAGUGGUUGUUCCACUACUUCCAACACUUGUGCAGGGGUGGGCAACACAUAAUUCCAAUGGAAUUGCUAAAUAUGUUUGUAUCAUAGGCCUUUAUACUGCUGUUCUGAUCCUCAUUAUGUUGUGGGGCAAAAGAGUCCGGGGAUAUGAAAAUCCACUUGCGCAAUAUGGGCUGGAUUUGACAUCAAUGCAAAAGAUCCAGGAUUGUCUGAAGGGUUUGACAGCAGGAUUCUUGCUUGUCUUAUCAAUACAUUCUAUAAAUGCGUUACUUGGUUGGGCCUGUUUCUCUUGGCCUAGCAGCCUGCCUUCAUCUUUAUCAGAUGCUGUAGCAUGGCUCAAAGUGUGUGGAGGAGUUUUUGUACUGACCGGGCAAGGAAUUAUGGCAGCAAUUGGUAUUGCCAUUGCAGAAGAAUUGCUUUUCAGGUCAUGGUUACCUGAAGAAAUUGCCGUGGAUCUUGGCUAUCACCAAGCAAUUAUCAUUUCAGGACUUGCAUUUUCUAUACUCGAGAGGUCUACUCGUGCCAUACCAGGUUUAUGGCUGCUGUCUUUGGCUCUCUCUGGGAUUCAGCAAAGGAGCAAUGGUAGUCUCUCCAUUCCAAUUGGAAUGCGUGCAGGCAUCAUAGCUACCAAUCUCAUCCUACAAAAGGGUGGCUUCUUAGCUUACAAGGGCAGUGGUCCUCUCUGGUUAAUUGGGUCUCAUCCAUUCCAACCAUUCAGUGGAGCUGUUGGUCUAGCCAUAUCCUUAUUAUUAGCUAUAGCUCUGUAUCCACAAAAGCCUCUCCAGAGGAAGAAAAUUAUGAAGGCCAUUUGAGAAAGGUUGGAUAAGGCUUAGUUGAGUUGUAUCUGGAAGUAGGCAGUCAAUUUGCAGAAUUUGGCAGUGUUGAGGACGGACCAUGAGGGACAAUGCCAAAUUUUGGGAUUAUAGGGUGGGUUGUACAAAUUGUACAGUGUGGUUCGAGUUGUGAUGGUCAAGCUGGGGUGCUCUC